AACAAAGGCUCUUACCUUGAACCUCAUAAUGAAACCUGUAUAGAGUGCGCAUACAAGGGAUGCGAUUGCAUUAAUUUAAACAGCUGUGGAAAGUGUUUACCUGGAUAUUAUAUGGCCGGUGUUCUGUGCGAACCGUGUUAUAACAAAUGUGAGUCGUGUUCAAACGCAACCGCAUGCGACUACUGUAAGCCUGGAUACACAGGGCGGAAUUGUGAUUUUGCGACAACCUGUUCAUCAAACUAUUGCACAUGCAGCAGUGCAAACACAUGUGGUGCGUGUAUAGGCGCUUAUUACAAUACCAGCAACAACUGCCAAGAUAAGUGCAAUGAAAACUGCUCUUCAUGUACAGCGAGAACAAACUGCUCCUCAUGUAAUCCCGGCAGAUAUGGUACGUUAUGUGAAAGGGUGUGCUCUAAUCGGUGUCGUAAUGGAACAUGUAAUAAAUUUGAUGGCACAUGUAUUUGUUCUGAAAAUUUUGCUGGACCAAACUGCGAUCAGUGUAAUGUGGGCAUGUUUGGUGUUAAUUGUGACGAAAGUUGCUCAUUACGUUGCAAUACGACUUUCUGCAGAAGAGCUGAUGGGUACUGUACAUGUAUAGCAAAUUUUGAAGGAGAUAGUUGCGAAAACUGUAUUUCAGGAAGAUAUGGGCCUAGCUGCGAACACAUUUGUUCGUCAGGUUGCGUUGCUGGUACGUGUAAUAAAGCGGAUGGAAAAUGUUUGUGUCGGUCCUAUUUUCUUGGAGAAAAAUGCGAUGUAUGUAUUGUGGGACAGUUUGGCGCAAAUUGCGAAACAAAUUGCUCCAUAGGAUGUCAUACACGGGCAUGCAGCAUAAUCGAUGGAAACUGUUCUUGUUCACACAAUUUCACGGGCCCAAAAUGUGACCAAUGUCGCGUUGGAAUGUAUGGUCCGUUUUGCAACCAUACGUGUUCAGUGGGUUGCGUGAACAAUAUAUGUGACACAGAAAAUGGUACAUGUACAUGUUAUCAAAACUUCACCGGUAAAACAUGUGAUCAAUGUGAAGUCGGAAAGUACGGAAUGUCUUGCGAAUAUAAUUGCUCUGUUGGUUGUGUCUUUAAUACAUGCGAUAAAAAUGACGGUACAUGUGCAUGUCUUGCACAUUUUACUGGCCCAGCCUGUGACGUAUGUGUUUAUGGUUUAUUCGGACACAAUUGUUCUUCAGAAUGUUCUCCUAACUGUGCACAACAGGCAUGCAAUCAGGUCAGUGGUAAAUGUUCCUCGUGCAAGGAUGGAUUUUAUGGAUCACAAUGUGAAAUGAGAUGCAUGAACAACUGCGCCAAAUGUACCAGUAAUGACUCGUGUUCGGAAGGUAAUUCGUAG